GCACAGGAUAAACCACAACCCGGAACUUGUUUCAUUAAAAAUCAAACAGUAGCAAAGAAGCGAGAGGUGAGAAAGGAAAGAAAGAGGAUGCAGGCAGCGAAGGAGAAGGUGAAGGACAUGGUGAGCGCGGCCAAGGAGAAGAUGAAAGAACACGAGGCCUCGGCGGAGGAGAAGGCCGAGAAGGCCGCCGCCCGGACGAAGGAGGAGAAGGAGAUCGCUCACGAGCGAGCCAAGGCUAAGAAGGCCCAGGCCAAGAUGGAGCUGCACCAGGAGAAGGCUCGGCAUAGGGAAGAGGCUGCUGCCCAUGCUCCCCUCUUUGGCAGCCACCACCAACCACCAGUCGGCACCGCUCCAGCUUCGGCCGCGACCACCGUCCCCACGUAUCCGGCUGGAACCGCCGCCCCCGUUUAUCCAGGCUCCGGAGUCCGCCCCACCGGCAACAAGUACCUGUAGGUUUCCGUUUUUGUACUAUGGAUGUUUGGAUAGGUUUCUGUUUUCGAGCUAUGGAUGUAUGUGCAGUCUGUAUCACUGGAGAUCCAUGUUGGAUUUUAAUCCAUUAUGAUGGUGACAGAGAGUGAAUAAUGAUUUAGUGGGAUCACUUUUAUUUUCC